AUGAGAAUAAAAGAACUGCGUUGGCAAUACAACGCUGUGAUUCCAAAAGGUAAUCAACUAGAUUUCUUUCCUUUCACUUCCAUGCACUACAAUUCUUUGAGUUUCUUGUCAUCGCCCGUAUUUAAUAUUGGGACUUAUUUUUGCGUAUGCGUUUAUUUUAGAAUUCGGCGAAACUUAUGAGAUUUUAAUCUAUGCUCCGGCUACCGGCCUUUAAAAAGACACUGCACUUGUUUUAAUUUGAAAGGUUUUGUUUAGCUUCCGCUACCAUAUAGCCAUUUGUUAGCUGCAGUUUCUUGGUUGUUAAAAACGCGGUUUCCAUGUGGACCCAUUAUUCCUGCUCACCGUCCUGAUGCAUACGCUUGCCAGGUGUAUGAGAAAAUGCCUGUGUGCCAUUUCGCUUGAAAAACUUAAAGGAAAUUCGGUAAGAUGAUAGUUGGUAGCCGUGCCCACAGACUCCACAAUGGUACCUACUGGCUCGAUUUCAGUAGCUGUGAUUGCGUUCUCAUUAUGCUUCUAAAUUCACGCGCACGCUAUAUUACCUGUAUCAGAUUCAUUUUAGAGGUACUAUCCUGGGCAGAUUUGCACCGGUAACUAUGGUAAUGAGGCUUACGCUAUGUCAAAUUUCAUUUGAAGAGGGAGUUGGCAACCGUGCCCACAGAAUCCACAACUGUACCUACUGGCUUGAUUUCAGUAGCUAUGAUUGCGUUCUCAUUAUGCUUCUAAAUUUGCAUGCGUGCUGUAUUACCUGUACCAGAUUCAUUGUGGAGGUACUAUCCUGGGCACCGGCAACAAUGGCAAAGAGGCUUUCCCUACAUCAACUUUCAUAAAAAGAGGUAGCUCUUGACUGCCUCAUUCAUUGUAGAGGUACUAUCUUGGGCGGAUUGGCACCGGUAACGAUGCCAAUGAGGCUUACCCUUGAUCAACUUUCAUUAGCAGAGGUAGCUUUCGACUGCCUCAUUGUUUGCGGAUUUUCUCUUCCGCCCAAACCAAUUUCUCGCAUAAAAGUCUUACCCGGCUUGCGUUGUGGCGUCCCGCGUGCCGCUGCUUGACUCUCGUGUUCUUCUGUCCAUUAUGUUGGAUGGAGUUCUAUCGCGCACACUGUGGAAUGACCUUCAGACCAGUUGCCUUCUUCCCAUUGGUUGUUCGCCUUCACUUGCUUUUCUUUCCAAUCUGAGGCUAGGAUGCAUUUAUUCCACACACCGUUCAAAGUCUCCUUGCUCAUUUCCAUACCUUCCUUGUAUUUUUCACCUAAUCUAAAUUAGGCUUCCACUUUACCAGGAACGUCAAUUCCUAGCAUAUAGUACAAUCGCCAUUUACCCGUUCACUCAAUUGUCCUAACCGUAUAGCUCCUUUUACCACCGGUCCCGAUCGACAGGCAGCUGGGAGUUUGCGGUGUCAGGAGGGCUACCAACUAUCAUCUAACCGGAAAUUCGUGUGUGGAUUCUUUAUCUCUUCCGCGCAAAUAACUAUCGUCGGUCUUAUUCCGAACCUUGUCAGCGGAACACUCUUUUCAGGAAGCUCCUGUACAUCUCUCGUGGAUUGUAAAGACUGUACACGUUCAGCAUCAAGACGUCUCUUUAAGCGAACACAAAAUGAGUUUCGUUUAGGGUUGGAAUUUAGAAGGGAGUUCAUACUACUUUCUUUGACUGUUAUGCCUUUUAUAAAACGCCUUUCAUUUCAUGCCAGCAUUACUUUUGCCUCAGAAAUCCGCCGGAACUUCUCACCCGAAGAACUCAAGUGGUUCACUAAUUACUGUUCAAGUCUGGCCAACUUCAUGCAGGCCGAUGCCACUGAACGCGGUGGAGCCGGUGGCAUGGAUCUUACUCAGUCCGUGAAACCGCCCAAGUCACUGGUGAUGGAGGUUCGCUGUCUCAAGGAUUAUGGCGAAUUCGAGACUGAGGAUGGAUGCCUCCUUAAUUUGACAAAAGGCAGCCAGCACUUAAUGUUUCGCAGUGAUUGUGAAAGUCUCGUUCGGCAAGGCAUUCUCCAGCACAUCGACGACUGA